UAGGGAGUAGGUAAGAGAAUGUGCUCCCUUUGGUCGCAUUGAGAUACUCAUGUAUCUCAGAGUUUUGAAGGAGCAUGCUCUCUGAACAUGGAGGAUGAGUACUGGAGAAGGGAUAUAUCCCAAAGGAAACUGAGAGUAUCAUUGGAUGGGAUUAGACAGGUAAGAAUAGACUACUGUCCACGUCUGAGGACUUGUUCUGAGAAUUCUAGUGACAAUGACGAGUGAUGGAGUAAUCAUUGAACUCAAACAUAAGCCAGAUGAAAAUAACAGGAAUGGAAAAACUUAUACAGAUGCUUCCACCGGAAGUAGGAAAAUUACCGUCAAACGAUUUGAAGAACCCCAAGGAUCUAACUUUUAUAAAUACACCUACGAAAAUGAGAAUAAGAAUGAUAGUCAUGGAGGAAACUUUAUACUAAAGGCGAUCUGGGAUGAUAGUGGCAAACAUAUAGAGAUACCUCUUCCAGACGAUAAAAAGAUAGAUGGUGAUAAACUUGAGCAAACUCUGGACGAACUUAACUGUUAUAGCAACAACGCAGUCACCAUCAAUCUUACAAUGAGUAACUCUCAGAAUCAUAUUGACGGAGGACAGGAUUGUUGCAGUGAACAUAAAAAUGAGAAGAGGGUCUCUGUCAAGGAAGUUGAGAUAGAAGGUGGUAAGCAAAAAACUAAGUACACCAAGUACUCCAUUUCCAACGGAAAAGUAGCGGGAAUUACGUCUUAUAAAGAUGAUGCUAGUAAUGAUGAAAAGAAUAGAAAACGGGAUAAAUCUGUUACUUGUUGGUUUCAGAAGCCUUCCAGUACUGGUAAUAAUGACAAUAAACAAUGGGAAAAUGUCUCCAGUCAACUCCAGGGUAUUAAUAAGGAUAAGAUAGAAAAUGAACAACUCACCUGCUCUCAGCGGACCGAUCUUGCAAAAGUACUUAAGCUCGGUAGAAAUAACUUGCAAGAAUGUACUCAAGAGACGGCCGGUCUGGAACAAUCAGAACGAUUAUUACGUACUGAUGAAGAUGCUGAAGAACAAAGACCAAAACAUAAAGCGACUGAGGAACGUAAGGAAGAAGCUGAGACUGGAGAAGAGGAAAAGAAAGAGAAUGAAAAAGGCUCACCUGAAAGACAAGUUGCUAAUGGUCCCUAUGGACCUAGAGGAGCUGGAGGACCUCCUAGUCCACCUGGUGAUAAAGGAGAUGAUGGUGAACCUAGUGUUCCUGGUAAACAUGGUGAUAGUGCUAAAGAACUAGACUCUGGUACUACUAGUCUACCUAGUCGAGAUACUGGACCUAAAGAUGCUCUUCCUACUCUUGGUAAUACUACUGAAACUUUUACUCCUGGAUAUCCUGCCACAUAUUAUUCCAACUCAUAA